AAUGUUUGGGAAAAUAACACUAUUGCUAAAUUGCUAGCGCUUAGCAUUGUUAGCUUUAUUAGCCCUGAGGUGGCGCUAAUCGUGGAUCAACUAGUUUAAAAACAUCGAUCACCUUUGCUAUUUAUACUCAACUAAUAUUUCUUACUUUCACGUUUGACUGUUGUCUGAAAACACGAUGUAAUCAGAGUACUUUCGCGACCUGUUUUCGUGCGGAGAAAGACACUCCACGGUCGUCAACUGAAAGCGUGCUUCCAUUUUCAUUCACGUGCAACUUUACUGACGCGUCAUACCACCGGUGACCAGAGGGGUCGCUGUUGUCACUCAAAAGAUGAAUCCGGUUCCAGGUCGAAACGCUCAUAAGUGAUGACAUGCCAGCUGGACACACUUGGGCUUGUUAACUUCGUGGUCAGGUAACCGAUGCUGAAUGGUCGCCAAGGCAGUACGGCGCCUGAAUCGAAGGAUGCUGUGUUGCUGUGCGAAAGCAUGCAGUCGCGGUACCGAGCGUGUUGACAAAAUGGGCCGUCAGUUGGAAAAGGCCAUCGAGGGUCUCAUCACCAUCUUCCACUCGUACUCGUCUAAAGAGGGCGACAAGCACAAGCUGAGCAAAGCCGAGCUCAAGACGCUCCUGCAGGAGGAGCUCACUGACUUCAUGUCCGGCUGCAGCGACGCGUCCGCUGUUGACAAGAUUAUGUCUGACCUGGAUGAGAACGGCGACCAACAGCUGGACUUUCAGGAGUUUGUGGUUCUGGUUGCGGCGCUCACUGUGGCUUGUAAUGAAUUCUUUGAAGGCACCUGCAAGAACUAAACCAAAAGAUAGACAUUGUGAAAGUUAUGU